GUUCAAAGACUUAAAAAAAAAAAAAAAAAAGCCAGAGAUUUGUCACCUUUAGUUUUACACCACAGUUGGCCUGGAAACAUUAAGACCUGUGGAUUAAUUUUUUACGGACUAUAUCUGCAUCUGAGGCCCAAUCUCCGUUUGAUACACAUCCCUGAGUGAGAAGGUCUGAUGGGGGUUCAGGUUUUAGCUUGGCCCCUGGUUGUGGCCAUGGGCCUUGUUCUGCCUUACUCUAUAUGUGAGGCCACCUCCCUGGGUGCAGUGGUCAAUGUUGUCCCUCUGGAGAUAACUGGAGGAAAUAUGGUGAGGGCCCACUACACCGUGAUCUCAGCCCUUCCCUGUCCGACGUUUUCUGGAGUGUGUCAGACAGGGGAAGACUGUGUUUCCUAUAUCACACCCUUCCCUUUCACAGGACAGAUACCCACCCCAGGCUGGUGUGUCCGCCAAUGGCAGAAAACCAUUCCUAGCAACUACACGGCCAAUGUAACCCUGGGGUCCACUGUGAAUGUGUUUCUGUUCUUGCGGGCUGGACCCUACAACCGGUCUCAUUCAUUGCGACUGAAUCAGCCUCCCUUCUGCAGCCUGCCACCUCCUCUAAGGGCUAACGUGAACUGCCCACAUAGAUUCCCACUGACAGUGAAGGACCUGGAUAAGGACAAAGUGCGCUGUCGCUUUGCGCGGCCUGACCUUGGAGAAUGCCUUGAUUGCCCCGAGUACAGCUUUCUGAAGAUUGAGGAGGGGACAUGUACAUUGGUGUACAAUGGAAAAUCGUCUGCAGGACAAUUCUCAUUGAAGCUGAUGGUGGAGGACUUUCCCAGAUAUCCACCUUUGCCGAUCAACGUUGCUAGUCCUAAAGCUUUUAGUUCCAUCCCACUGCAUCUGUCUCUUACAGUGGAGGCAUCCUCCGGCUGCAAUGCAGGGCCUGUCACUACAGGACUAACACCAGCAGGUGGCGCUACCAUCCACGUUUUGCCCUAUGAGCAGAUCAAUGUGGUUGUUACCUUAAAGUCUGAGCUAGAGAGUGUGUCAGAGAUAGUGGUUGUUGGUCCACCUGAUCUUUUCAGAACAGCUAUGAAAACCCAAGGUUCCCUGGCUACAAUGAAUCUUACAUGGAUCCGGGGCCCAAAUAACUUGCCCUCUCUUUUGCCCCUUUGUGUCAUGGCCAACAGUAAAAGUCUGCAAUCAGAACCCAGAUGUAUUUGGCUCCACCAAAGGCAGAUGGAGACCUUGCCCCCUGGAACAGAACUGACAUGCAAGAAGACUGAGAUGAAUCUGGUUCUCCCCAUUUCAACCCUGAAGAACCUGAUUCUGUCUGAACUCCAGCUAAACAACCCCUCCUGUAAUGUCAUCUUCAACUCCACCCAUGUGACCGCCAACAUCUCUCUGACUGGAUGCGGCACUAAGAUUGUGCACUCAGGCUCAGAUUUGGUGUACACAAACACCCUGCAAAGCGUGCGCAACUCAGUCAUCAGUCGUCUGCCCACCCUGGUUUUGCCGCUCGCCUGCCGUUAUCCUGCCAUUGAGGCCAAAGGCCCACAAUAUGCCAUCACCAUACCGUCGGAGCAAGAGACCUUUGGCAUUGUGAAGUUCUGGUUGGAGUUCUAUCCUCCUGGAGUGGGGCCGUUUGCCAACCAAACCAGAGCCUUCAACCUCAAACCUCCUUCCCAACGUCGCCGCAGAGACACUUCGGUCCGCACCAGUAACAGGCUGGACACGCUCGAUCUGCAUGUGUUCUCCAAUGCCACUCUGGACAGGGUGGAGUUGAUGGUGGGAAGCUGCAUGGAGUCCGAGACGGCGGACAUGGCUGAGAGCAAAUAUAUCCUGGAUCAGGGGUGCAAUGCUGGAAAUGGCUCUCUGGAAGUUGUGACGUCGUCCUCCAAUGCCAGGGUGUACCAGAUUGAUCUGAGCACUGUCAACACACAAGUAACGACGAUGUAUAUGGAGUGUACAGUGUAUCUCUGUGUCACCUUGAUUCCCUCUCAGAAGUGUCCCGACCAGUGUAACAUGACAAGCAGCAACCAGGUCAUGGUUGACAGCCUGUUGACCAGGACAUACACCGUCCGCUCUGGGCCGAUCAGCCUUCUAUCCACCAGUCCUGGAACAUCAACCACUGGUGGGGUCGCGUCAGCCACCAUCACAACGAUCGCAGCGCCAACCACCAGAGCCUCAGAUGCUGCAGCUGAGGACCCAACCAUGGUGGUGGGCCUGGUUUUGGCUGCUAUUCAUGUCUUACUUCAGAGUCUACUUUAAUACUGAAGAAGCUAUUGACGGGUUAUUACGCUGAUGUGAAAUGUUUAGUACUCAUGCCAAUAACUGUGUAAUUAAUAAAAAUCCUUACUAUC